GCUCUGACAGCUGGACCGCAGAAGAGAAGCGCUACUUCAAUAAGGGCAUCUCUGCCUACAGGAAGGACUUCUUUCUGGUGCAGAAACUGGUGCAGACAAAGACUGUGGCUCAGUGUGUAGAGUUCUACUACACGUACAAGAAGCAGGUGAAGAUCGGUCGCAACAGUAUUUUAACCUUCGGACCUCCAGACUCACCAGUGGAGAAACAUCCAGAGGCUGUGGUGGACGUCAAGAACUCACAGCAGUCGAAACUGGCUCUUGGAGAGACGGAUGGAGACGACAAGAGGGAUGCGUCUUACGACCAGGUUAAUGAGAGCGACCAUCAGGCCAGGGUCGCUCAGUCACUACAGUCUCAUGACUAUGCAGGAACAAUGCUGGUGAUCAAAGAGCCAGACGCUGUGAAUAAGGAGGCUCAUCACCCGUCGGCACAUCACCCGUCGGCACAUCACCCGUCGGCACAUCACAGGCCUCGGGGCGACCCUGCGGCAAAGAAGACAAGAGCGCCGACAAAGCCCCCGCUGGAUCCGGACGCAGUGUUUCCGUGCAAGAAAUGUGGCAGAGUGUUUAAUAAAGUAAAGAGUCGAAGCGCCCACAUGAAGAGUCACGCCGAACAGGAGAAGAAGGCGGCGGCGCUGCGUCUGAAAGAGGAAGAGGAGCAGGCCGCGGCUGAAGCUCGAGCCAAGAAGGCCGCGGCAGCGGCGUCAAUGGUGGCGGCUCAUCAGGGAGGAAAUGGGAAUGGAUUGACCGAGCAGGUCAGCAGCCAUGAGGAGUCAUCUGAAGGAGAAGAUGAUGACGAUGAAGAUUGGCAUUGAGGAAUAGAACUCAAUGAGGAGAUUGACUGAUUGUCAAAUGGAGGGGAAAGAGGGCAAUUGAAUCAGAAAAAAACUACUCAGCCAUGGAGCGCAAGAGCUUCUCACGUCUUCCUGUUCAUCUUCUCACUCCGUCAUCUCUUUGACCAUAUUCAGCUUUACACCGUUAAACCAGGCGGUCACACUCCAACCCUUCGCAUUUGUAUCUUUUAAAUAUUCAGAGAAAGUUUAUUUUUUGUAAAUGCACUUAUACUGUUCGCUUCUGCUUUUUGCCAACAUUGCCUUUUUAUAUCAAUUAUUUAAUUGAAUAUAUGUCAAAGUAUUGUAACUUUUUCAUUGAGUGGACAUCAGAUUAUAAGGGUGUCUCUUUAGCAAUAAAACGUCAAGAUCAAAAUAAAAAUAUUUCCCUUUAUAGCCACAACCCUUUUAAAUAAAAUUCGAACUUGUAUUUAAAAAUCUUUUCUAUUUGGAAAAUAUAGUUUUUCAGAUUCGCAUCAGUUCUAAGGUUGGUUGUACACUUACUUUCACAACUAAGGGACCUUUUUGAAAUGAUUCUGUACAAAAAAAAGUAUAUAUGAGAUGUCGUCGUGUAUUUAUAAUGAUGCAUUUUUCAAUGAUCUUUGGUAAUAUAAAAACUAAUCAUGUCAUCUGCAAUAUGACACGUGAAUUGAAAAGUUUAUUAAAAUCACUACUGUUG